UCAAACUUCAACCAUGGGCGCUUUGCCUUUCUUUUCUCUUUCUCUGUCCCUCCCAAACCCCCGUUUAUUUAAUGCCUUUUUUUAUUUUGCCCCCUCUCCUUCUCAUAUGGCGAUCGUCACCGGUGACCGUUACCUCGAAAAGCUCGUCAGCUUCAUCGACCGCCAGGCCGGCCCCUUGCUCGAAGGAUCCAUCGUCUUGAAACUCAACCCCGUUGGUCUCCACUACGUCCAGUCGCGGCUCGAGGCCCUGCGCGAGCUCGAGCGCCUCCUCGCCGGCGCUCCGGUUGAUUACCUCCGCGCUUAUGUCUCCGACCUCGGUGACCACCGCGCCCUCGAGCAAUUGCGUCGCAUUUUGAGGCUUUUGACGUCUCUUAAAGUCGUAUCCAUUCUCCCUCCACCUGCGCGGGAUCCUACGCGCAUCUCGCUGCUGCCGUUUGGGAGAUUGAAGGUUCUCGAGCUCCGUGGCUGUGACCUCUCCACUUCCGAUGCCAAAGGCUUGCUCGAGUUGAGACAUACUCUCGAGAAGAUUAUUUGUCACAAUUCUACUAAUGCAUUGCGGCAUGUGUUUGCGAGUAGAAUAGCGGAGAUAAAGGAGUCGCCGCAGUGGAAUCGAUUAGGUUUUGUUUCGUGUGCGUGUAACCGUUUGAUUUUGAUGGACGAGUCGCUGCAACUUCUGCCGGCCGUUGAAACUCUUGAUUUGAGUCGAAACAAGUUUGCCAAGAUUGAUAAUCUUCGUAAAUGUACCAAACUCAAGCACCUCGAUCUCGGUUUCAAUCACCUCAGAUCAAUUACAGGCUUCAGUGAGGUCUCCUGCCAUAUUGUUAAACUUGUUUUGAGGAACAAUGCUCUUACUUCAUUGCAUGGGAUUGAGAAUUUGAAGUCACUUGAAGACCUUGAUGUUUCCUACAAUGUUAUUUCCAAUUUUACGGAGCUAGAGUUUCUUACAGGCCUUUCAUCUUUACAGAGAUUGUGGUUGGAGGGAAAUCCAUUAUGUUGUUCUCGAUGGUAUCGAGCACAAGUGUACAGUUAUUUCACCUAUCCAGAGAAAUUGAAAUUAGAUGACAAGGAAAUCAGCACAAGAGAAUUUUGGAAGAGGCAAAUUAUAAUUGCAAGCAGGCUGAAGCGACCUGCGGCCUUUGGAUUCUAUUCUCCUGCAAAAGGUGAUGCUGAUGGUGAAGGGAAUGACAACAGAAAAAGGAAAAAGGUCUCUCGUCUUGCUGCUAUUGAAAGUGAAGAAGAGAGCACAUAUGUUGGUUCUGACCAAGGGUCUAUUUCAUGUGAUAAUGAGAUUCAAAACAAAGAGGAGACUCCCAUGUCUGAUGAUGAAAUCGAAAUAGUUGAUUUGAUGAAUAAAGUGGAGCAUAUGAAGAAAGAGCGUUCUGUUCUAUGGUUACGCGAAUUGAAAGAAUGGAUGGAUCAUUCUUCUGGAAAUUUACUGGAUGCAAGUACUUUGAAUUCAAGGAAAGAAGAUCAUUUGAAGAAUAAGAAGAGCCAGAGGCAUUUUGCUGAAAGUUCAAAAUAUGUCUCAGACUCUGUUCAUGCUUCUGGAGACGCGAGUAGUACGAACGUUUUAGAAUCUGAUAAUUCCUUUGUAGAUAUGCCCAUGGGUUUGCACACUCAUCAAUAUUUUGACCAUAUUGGUUCCCUUGGGAUAACUGGUGAGGUUUCUUUAACAGGGAUGGGGAGAAUGGACUUGAGACAGGAGCAUCACAAACCUUCUCUACAUGAAGGGGUUGGCACUGUUUCCAAGCAAUCUAAAAGCUCCUAUCCUGAUAUAUUUACUAUUCAAGGUCAUAGGAUGGUGGAAAAUGUUAGUGGGUCUCCAUUGACUUCAAUAGAUGACAUCACAGAUGCUCAUUCCUCAUCUGCUUGUCCUGGAUCUCCACCACAUUACCAAGUGGAUAUUCUGCAUCGUCGGCACAAUUUGGUUGAGGAAAUUUUGCAACUAUCUGCAGAUUCCUAUUCCUUGGCUUCAUCUGAUAGUAAUACUAGCUGCAGUGAUGAUGAUUCCUGCAUAGACGGGCCAUCAAUGCCUGAAGUUGAUCAGUCUCUUAACCAUGAAGAUGUGUAUAGGACUGAUAAAGGGCAUUCUUCAUCUAACCUGUUUAAGGGUCAUGAUUGUGGACAUUUAAAUGACAUUGAUCAUGUGAGAGAAAAUGGCGUAAUCAAUAAUUCGUCUGUUGGUCCUAAUGAUGAUGAAGUUGCUCAUUCAGUCAACCAAGAGGCUGAUUGGUUGGAAAGGAAAAAAAGAAAGAAACAUAGAAAAAGAGUUAUUUCUCUAUUUGAGGAACAGACUAUGGUUGGCGAGGUAGAAGAAUCACAAAAAUCAAAUGGCAAUUUGGAUACUAGUGGAGCUGGUUUCGAAAAUGAACAAGGAAAGCAAAUCUUUGCUUGGAGUGAUCUUCAGAAAGCUACCUACCAGAAACAGACCCAGGAAAUUGCUAUUUCAACCCCUUCAAUUGAUAAUUCUGGAAGAUCUUCUGUGGCCAAAUGCUCAUAUCUAAUGGGAGAUGAUUUUGUUGAAGACUUCUUUAAUAAAAAUAUUGCUGAUUCCAGAAGUCAUGAAACUUGUAGGCAGUAUAUGUUUUGCUGUAUGCUUGAGCAAGAUUCCAUGUACAGAGAAAGAGAAGUAGCCAUUAUAAGUAGCAGCAAGAACAAGUUGUAUGUGUUGCUCUUUGGUGUCUCAUUUGAUGGAUCAGCGACUACCUUAAGUUUACUGGGUUGCCACAAGAUUGAAGAUGUUAGAGAGGUGUUAUUUGGUCUAGGACUUCAGGUUGUGAGGGUUUCAACUGAGACUGGUGCCGCAUACCUGUUUGUGACAAGGAGCAUUGAAAAAUCAAGGCAACUACUUAGUACAUUGCAAGUUCUUGAUUUAGUUCCAACAAAUGAUAAAUGCUCCUUAAGAAGUUUGGAGCAGGUUCAGGUUGAGUUGUUUGAGAAACAUAUAUGUGGAGGUUCACAAGUGAGCAUAUUCCAAUAUUCUAUGUUACUCUUUUGGUGCAGUGCUAAUGAAGAGGGGUUAUGGCUUGCGAGAUCACUGUUUCUGAUUGGAGGGCAUAUGCUUGUCUGCUCGGAGGACCUUAUGCAGUUCGGCUCCUUUUCAGUGGAUGCUUCUUUCCCUCCAUAUUACUCACUUCAUCUAUGUUGCUCUGUUGAUGCCGUGUCUGAGAUGGUCAUUGAAGCAAGUGAGAGUUGUGUGACCUUAGCUGUUGAAUGUGCUGCAUCAGAUUUUUGCCUCUCAGCCACCGCCUCCAAUGAAGUUGCCGCAAUUCACAAGAAAAAGACUUCCACGAGUUCUCAAAUUUGGAAGCUCAAAUGGUUCUCCCAAGAGAGUCUAUCAAAUUUUGUGGCACUUUUGAAGGCAAUGCAUGCAGGGAAAAAACAGUCUCCAUUGCUCGUAAGAUGCAUGUCAUGAAGCCUUUUCGUUCUCGUUUUUGCUAGUUCAUAUUCAUUCUAUUCUUUUCGCUUGGGCUUUUUAGUUUCCAAUUGGUUGUUUUUUGCCUGAUUUGCUGUGGUUUUGUUUCUCAAUAUUCUUUGAUUUGUAUUCUUUGGUCGAUGAUCAUGGUUUUCUCUUGUACAAAAUGUACAGUAUUAUUUAUAGAACAUAUAAGGGAGAGUUAAAUUUUG